UAGUUUUGUUAGUUGGAUUUAUCGUUUAGGGUUUUGGUGUUACUGAGUGCUACUGCUACUGAAGGACGAAACCAUUUCUUAUGGAAGAAGAGACUUCGAGAUCCCAUGAUGUUACCAUCACUUUUGGACGUAGUAGUAAUCAGGUUGUGAAGAGGGCGGGAUUGGUUAGAGAUAGACUGGAGGACAGCGGUGAUGAUUCAAGCCAGUUAGCUAGUAAAAGACAAAGGGCAGUUAAUGAUAGACCAAGUCAGAAUUCCAACAAUUUGAAUGAUAUUCACCUUGACAAAAAUGACCUGCGGUUCAAACUCAUGGAAAAGAAUGUGCUGAGGCGAUUCCAAAGUAAUGAUGGACGUAAUGGUGGCAUGGACCUUCGUGAAAAACUGUCAAGGGCAGCCCGAGAUUCAUUAACUAGUCCAAGUUACCCCGAAAGCAUCCAUGGCAAAAGAGAAACUAGGUUUACAAUGCCCGACCCACCCCGGUCUUCAUUGACUAGUCCAAGUUUCCACGAAAGAAUGCCUGAGAGAAGAGACACUAGAUAUCAGGUUCAAGAUCCAAGAAACUAUAAUGUAUUGGGGGGAGUUUCUUCUGCUAGGCUUUCAGAUUCCUUGAAUCGGGUGGACACAUUGAGAAGCACCUAUUCGCCUUGGACUUUGGAGAGUUUGAGGAAAAGGUCACCUACUAUUAGAUCUAUAGGAGGAACAAGGAAUCAAUCCCCAUCAAUAAUUCAUGAAGAUAUGACAAAGAGGCCACAAACCAGGGCAUACGAAGAAGAUUCACGUAAAGCUACAUAUACAAGCAAGAAUUUUCCUGCUCUUGAUCCUGGAAGGUCAGUGGUUACCAUGACUAGUGAAAAACCUGCAAGUGCAAGCCUACCCAAAAUAUCAUGCAUGGGAAAUGAACAUAACUCGGUGGAGAAUUUUCUAAAAUCACUGGGUUUGGAAAAGUAUGGCAUAACUUUUAAGGCAGAGGAGAUAGAUAUAGCUACUCUAAAGCAGAUGGAAGACAAUGACCUUAAAGAUUUGGGAAUUCCAAUGGGUCCAAGGAAAAAAAUUAUGCUCGCCCUAUUGCCCCAUACCAAGAGAGAGUUGUUGUGAUGGAGCAUCAAUUUUUCUUGCACUGCCAACCGACCGAAGAUGGAUAUAUUCUCUUGUCUGAUGAGUUGGUUAUAUCUCUUUCUAUUUCAUCAUAGCAUAUAUGGAAGACUCUGAGAUUUAAUAGUGUUAGUUUCAUCAUUGAAGAACUUAUUGUUGGGCUGUUGUUGGCCUUAGUUGGAAUGGGAAGGUGAUUUCAGCUCACUUAGUUUUAAAUGUAUUAGUUUUAUCUUUUCCUAGAUCUUUUAUUAUCCUAUCUAUGUGCAUGGGGUUAUAUAUUAACAUGCUUUCUAAAGUUAAUUUGUCAGAGUUAUGUUUAAAGGUUUGUAAUUCUCUUUUUAUUAAAUACUUGAAAUUUCAAAAAUAUAUUUUUGAAAUCAAAGUACGAGGGUAUUAGGGUUUAGAUCCAAAUGAUAGACUAUAAAUUUUCCGUUUGGAAAACUUUAUCUAGCUGAACAUGUCAGAUAAUCAUUUUAAGAACAUGUCAAAGAUCUUUUUAAAAUAAAUAUUCACCUAACCUUUACAAAAAUUGAUAGAUAUUAUAUUUUAUUUUAAUUUUUUAAUACUUUUUGGGAUGAAUAGUUUGAACGUAUUUUAUUUUUCUAAGAAAAAAAAUACUUUAGAAGAAGUUGAGGAGGACGACGACUGUGAAUCGCCAUUGUUGGGAAUUUGGAGGAUUGAUUUCCCAUUGAAGUAACUACAGUAGUUAGGUAUGUGAUGUUUUUUUUAGGUCUUUCUCCUCAUAAAUAAAGGUUCUCUCUUCUAUUUGCUGAAGCUAGCUUAGUGAUUUCAAGAAUAUCGGCUUUUGUAGAGUUAGAAAAUCCCAAAUCUAUCUAUCUAUCUAUCUGAUAUCAUUUCGUGUUAAUAAAUCUCCACUUCCCAUGGCGAUGCGAAGUUCUCAAAUAUUAAAGAAGACACUUUAUUCGUGCUCUGAUAUGAAACAAGUGUAGACAAAACUUUGUUCCAAAAUUCAAACACAGAAUCAUUAUAUUCCGGCUAUGUUAGGUAUGUCGAUCAUGUCUGGGCCCUUGGACGAAAACAAACAAACAUGGAUAUAGCUGUUUCUCAUACCCCCAUUAAUUAAUAUACUAAUAUACUAAUAUGAAAUGAAUCUCCCACUACAGACAGCCAUAUCUUUCUCCUUUUUCAUUUUCAUAUUUCUAUACUCCAACAUCAAGUACAAAAUUCUUGUUUUUGUGUCCUGUCUAUAUGCACCUUCCAUAUGGUGUUCUUGCAUGCACCUUCCAUAUGGUGUUCUUGCAUGCACCUUCCGUUUCUUUUAUUAAUAACUAUGGGAUCUAAGUAUUAAUUAGCUGCAAGUUGCUAAUUGAGGAACAGUACCCUUUGAACUGGAAGGAAGGGAAUUGAAUUAGGAAAAAAAAUUCUUUACCAAAAAGGAAAAUUCAUUACUGCCUCAACCCUAGAUAUGAAAACAACCAAUUACAGCACAUAGAUCUUGAAUGGAAUAUAAUUUUUAUUACACAUUAGAUUUGAACUUGCUAAUUAGAUAUUGGCCAUCAAUUUUUUUAGUAUGUUUUAUGUCUUUUCUUUAACUCUUUCCCUCCAGAAUCACAGCAAAAAAGGGAUGGUGAAAAACCCAUGUGUUUAUUCUUGUGUCCCCACCUUCCAUUCCCCUCCACCCAAAAACAAAAAGUAAUCUAAGAUGGUGCAAAUUGCUUAAGAAGAAGUCCCAUCUAGUGAAGAGGAUUCUCAUUGUUAGUUAAAGGAAAAAGAGGAUUUAAAUUUGCUUAGGGGUUUUUGUUUGAAAACAAAAGAAACACUGAAAUCCCAACUUGCUUAAUCAAACGGAUCAAAUAUUUGUUUAAGAGAAGACUUCAUGGAUAUGGGUUCAAGUUGCAAUAUAAUUCUCAUAAUGGCUUGUAUCUCUUGAAUAGUUUAUGAGAAUCAUCAUGCAUACUGAAUUAUAUUUGCUGAAAAGAAAAAGAGCUACAAAAUUGAUAUUUUGUCAUUUUGGCUACAAGUUGGGGGCGGCCCAUGUACAAUAGGAAAGCAUAAUCGAACUUGUUAGACUUGUAAUAUCUUAAUCUUGAUUCUGCUGAAUUCAUUUCUUGUUUGCAUUUAAAUUGAUUUUACACAGAUGGAGAAUCUUGACUAUAAACUGAUUUGUAUUCGCAUAUGUCCUUCUUUUACCAAACAUAAAGAUGCGCAUGAUAAAGGCGAGUUUUUCAAUAGUGUUCAUAUAUGUUCUUAGGAUUAUGCUUGCAUUCAUUUGCAGAUCUUGACAUAUAAGUACUUCAUUUUUAUUUGAAAAAGUAAAAGUGCUUCAUUUUUGAAAUACAGAUGCAAGAAGGACUCCAAAUCCGUCCAUUGUCUUAUUGAUUGCACAAACCGAAGACAAUUUUGGGUUAGCCUUUGUGGAUGGAAAUGGGGAAUGAAAUAUGGAUUGGCUAGUGGUAGGGACCAUUUUACUAUAAAAAAAACUAUCAAUCAAUCAAACAACCCACCCACCAUAAUUCAAUCAAAAUCUUUUAGAAUGCCUUGAUGAUAUUAGCAUGCCUAUUUGGAAUUCUUUUUUCAGAAUAGUCUAGAUUUGUGUGUGUGUGUGAAAGUUUUAUGAGAAUUAGAAAGAAUUGGUGGGAUGGGAGACGAAGACCAAUAUUGGAAUAAGAACACUUACAUUAUGAUUAAAUAUAAACCUAAUGCUACUAACUUGUGGGUCCAACUAGAACAACUGUCCCUAAUUGUUUUAUAUUGAUUAGUGUUUGGCUAAUCACUUGGAUUACUUGUCAGCAUGUGCUUUUUCUUUAUGAUAAACUAUAGGUUUGUCAGCUCUAAGAAGAUAUGCCCAGAUCUUGUUGUAGACCUUACCAGGUAUAUAUGCUUACAUCACUUCUCACUUGUUAUAUAUAUUCUUUCCUUUAUAUUGCAACUACUUUGUUUCUAUUUUUUAUUAUUAUCAUCCUUUUAAGUUACAUGAUCAAGAAUCAAGAUAAAUGGAUUAAACUGUUUGUUUUUUCACGUGACCCAUCCUGGGCAGCUUGAUAAGAAGCUUAAAAUUAAGAGGAUUACCAUUUACCACCAUGAGAUCUGAUGUUUGAUUCUAAUUAAGUGAUUCUGCGUGAAUGUUUCAGUUUUUCACUAUUCAUUUUCUUAUAGUUUUAGUGUCCACAAAAGAUAAAAUAUUGGAAAGAAGAGAAUGGGGAAAAGAAUUGUGUGGCUUUUAUGAAUUUAUUAUAGGAUGAGACUAAAAAGGGAACAAUUAAAUGAAUCCACCAGCUAGUUGGUCAAGAAAAGUAGUCUUUUAAUAAGCAAUUUUAAGUACAGUGCUAGAUUUGUUACAAAGAAAGAUAGAUUUGACUUCUUCCAUAACUCAUAAUUAAGAUAAUGUGCCAUCAUUACCCACCACCGGCUUUCUUAGAUGAUAAGAGGCUUGGACUAAGAGUUUUAGAUCUCAGGUUCAAUUCUCACUGAAAACGUCUAGAUUUAUAAGUGAGGGGUUAUAACGAAGAGGUAUUGUGCUACCUCCUUCAGGACGGAGGAUUAGUCGAGGUGCGUACAAAAAAUGAAAAUUAAAGAAAAGAAAGGUAUUGUGGCCAUUGACAUUUUUUAUAUGUUAUUCCAUGCUUUACUUGCACUACAUGAGUCUCAUUAUUUAAAGAUAUAAUCCUUUUUCAUUGGGAGAGAGGAAAAAAGUCUCAAUAAUAUCAAUUAAAAAUUGGAAUUGUUUGUCUUUAGAUUAUUUUUUUACAUGAGAGAUGGCUUCUUCAACCUGACUUUUCUUUCUGUCCAAUUCUCAAAUUGAUUUAUUAUUGAUAAUGGAUUAGUUCUCCUUAACACAAUUCAACAAACAUAUUAUCUUUAAUGUUAUAUUAUUCGAUACUUUACCCAAUAUCUGAAACUACCUACAUAGUUCCAUGAAAUUACAUCAUGCCAUUACACUAUACUUGUCAGGGUUUCAUUGGGACACAUAUUGAUUGAUAUGAAUAAGACACCGUUUCAUUGUCAAGUGUUUGUUUUGAAUAAGAAAAUGGGAUACGCCUAAGAAAAGCGCCGACAGUAGAAUUGUUACAUGCAAUUGCUAGUGUAUCUUAGUAAGCCAUACCUUUAUACCAAACCAAAUGUAUCUGGAUUCAUAUAUUUUUUAGAUCACGUUUAAAAACAUAACUUAGUCAAAUACAUAUUUAGAAGUUUAUCGAUUUAGAUUCUGAAAUAGAAAGUGUCUCGAAAUGGACAAAUAUGUAGAGUUGUAUUAUAGCCAAAGCAAAUCCAUUGUAUCUAAUAUUUUUGUUUAUUUAUAUAUGUUCUCAUCUAAAGGUGCGGUGCAUGGUCAAACCAUGAAAUGAUUUGGCCUAUAAAAGGAUGGCCAUGCCUGAUAUUAAUCUUCAAAACAAAAUUUGCCCUCCAUUUGUUUUCUCUCUCA